CACACCUUCCACCCGGUGACCGCGCGCGCGCUCGUACACACGCACGCCAGACACAACAAAAACAACCAUCCGUGUAUCGAUCCAUUGGUGAUUGGUCUGGCACGCCAAGGUUGGCAGGUAAAAGAGUGGCCGUUGUCCCUGUCGUGUCCGGCUUUCCAACCAUCCAUCGCGGUACGCAGGUGCGUCUUCACCGAAAAAGUGCAAGCCGUCGGCGUCAUCAUAGCGGCCACCAGCAACAGCGGGACACGGUCUCCCCGCACGUCCAGCCCCAGGCCCAGCACACAGAAGGGGGCUCCACAGGAGGGGGCCCAGUGACCCCACGCGGCGCAACGUGCCGGAAAAGCAAAGGAUGACGCCGCACGCCGACACGCACACCCAAGUGACCAAGGGACGGCAGACGGCACGGAACAACGGCACAGAAAAGUGACUUGUGAGUGAGUCAGUGAGCGCGUGUGUGUGUGUGUUUGCAGAUUGUUUGAGGUGUUCCCUGGUGUACUCACCCGUUUGACCAUCGCCGCCGUCCCCGGCCUGUGGGCGAGCGUUGCCAUUGUUUGUUUACCUCCCUACCGGACCGAACCGACGGUGUACAGCAGGAAGAAGCAAGCGGCAGCAGCCACUACCACAGCCAGCAGUGCAUCCGUGCGCUUGACGAACCCAGCGAUGGAUCGGCGGACAGUGUGUGAAUACAUGUGUGUGUAAAGUGUGCUAUGUGUAUGUGUGUGCAGGGCGACCGUAUCCGAUAUUCUGCAAUCAACUGACCAGCAGAUCCUGCAACAGCUAGCGGGCUCCCCAUCCCACUGGGACUGUCAUCGUUCGCCAGGGCAGCUGAUGCUGCCAAGGAAGCUGGUGCAGGGGUUGUGGAGGAAAGAGAAGGCAUCGUUUUUUUUGUGACACGAAUUUGUUACUUCAAUCAAGCGUGACCCUGUGCGUGUGCGCCUGUGUGUGCCCGUGUCAACAAUCAAUAGCAUCAUACCAACCACCGCCAGCCUCCCUCCUCCUAAUCCCACGCUCUGCUAAACCUAUCACGGACAACGCGAGCAACGCUACCUGCACCUUUCCCUGUUUUCGUGUUUUCUUUCCGUCUUGUUCGUGUGUAUGUGUGUGUGUGUCAAGAUGUGUGCAACGAAACUACAUACCACCGUGAUGCACUUGCAGCCGGAAAGUGUCCGCACCGCCAGCCUCCACCAGCUCCAACUCCGGCAGCUCCAGCACCCGUACGAAUGGUUCCCGAUGAAGCGAUGUCGGUCACUAGACAGCAGCGGCAGGCACUGAGUGGAGGAUGGUACCAUCCAUCGGGCGGGCUCUCUGAUCGGCUGUGGUGGAAAUGGAUUGGACAGUCUGCGCGACCGAAUGCGGGGCUAACAUGCUGUGAGCGGACGCUAGAUGGGCGCCCAGCAACCGGCUAAGAAGCAGUCUUAGCUACACGCAUUGCUGGAGGAAGGAGUGCGCCAAAACUAGUCCCCUCGUCCCAUUUAGUGCGCAAGAUCCCUCUGAGGCAGUAAGCGAAGCAUCAUUUGAAACUGGAUUCGCAACGAACGACCCUUGGACAAGUUGGAAAUGUAAUUGCAUUCGUCAUUCACCGAUCCGCGAUCGAAACCGCGAUGGUAGACCGAUUUCAGACGAGAAAUUAUUGUAAAGGAAGAAGUAAGAAAUGUGAGCUAUAGGAAUGAAUCCUGGUUGAAGUGCAAUAUUGUGUGUGUGUGUGUGUGUAUAUGUGUUUGUGGGCCCUAAAGUCUAAAAAAGGGGCUAGGUGUGUAAUUUAUCAUACGUGCAAAAUAUGUGUUGUACCGUCUCAAGUAUUUAUUGAUGAUUUGUGUAUAAAAGACGAUAAGCGCAACCCGCGAACUUCAUCUCGGCAGAUGAACAUUAAAACGAUACAGUUAGAUAUUUUGGACUGAGUGCAUACGUAAAGUAACGUUAACAGUGUUAUAUGCUUAAAACAAACAAUUGUUGCCUCAUGCGUCGACCAGCUGCCUAGACUAAGACGACUUGCUAUCAAAAGAAACGCCGAGCGAACCUCUUGCGUCCCUUACUCCAUCAGCACGCUCUUCGCCCCCUCAUAAACGGGAUCAUUCCAUGGCGCCGCAGUAAGGCCAACGGUGGCAGGAAACCAACACUCCAGAACACGCAGGCACACAACAAGAGGUGGGACGCGGCAGUGGUGUGUUGUUCCCUCUUUACUGUGGUGUGCUCGAAUUACGCUUGCCUUGAAGAAUUUAUCCCCCACUUUGUGCGUAGCUCAAGCACAUGCGCAGCCCUUUUUCUUGCGCGGCAGGAAAUUAAAUUGCUCCACGCUGUGAGAGGCACUCUCCAGCAAGCGCCACCCCCAAUAGCUCAAAAAGCAUCUAGAGGAAGCGGAUUACUAGAGCCCGGAAGAAGGGAGGGGGUGCGGCUAAGGCAACGGAUGCGAAACGCGACGACUACCAUGAAGCGCAACACUACCACGAUGCCGGGGGGAACCGAUUCUAGCUGGUCCGUUCCACACCGGAUUUAUCUGCAGCAGCAGCAACAGCAGCAGCAGCAACAGCAGCAACAGCAGCAGCAGCAGCAGCAGCAGCAGCAGCAACAGCAGCAGCAACAGCAACAGCAACAGCAACAGCAACAGCAGCAGCAACAGCAGCGGCCACGGUUCGAUUACGGAUUCUGGAAGAAUCCGGACGAGACGACCGAACUGAUCUUCCUGAUGCCGAACGGCGUGAUGAUCACGAUGUACAUACCGAUCCAUAUUACACUGGAUGAACUGAAGUCGGACGUUUGGGAGGAGGCAGAGCGGUACCCACUGUACUGCCAUCUGGGCGAUAAGAACAAGUACUGCUUCGGCACCCUGGCGGCGGGCCGGACGAACAGCAACACGACGUACGAAAAUGAGGCCGAAACCCGGCUGAUGGACGUGCAGCCCACCCUCGGCAUCCUGCGCUUCGUCGAGAAGAGCAACGUGUCGGAGAACACGAAGCUGAUGGAGAACAUUAGCAGCCUGCUGGACAGUAAGCUGCCGGUGAAGACGCUGGUCAACCCGGAGGUGAACGAUUUCCGCGCCAAGAUGAGCAUGCUGAGCGAGGAUAUCGGCAGCCGGCGGGCGGUAAUGACGCGGAUGGAGCGGAUAGCCUACCAGUACCCGGCCAAGCUGGUCAGCGGUGCACACGUGCCCGAGCCGAUCAGCCGGCGGCUGACGAACGGCGACUUCUGCGUGGUGGCGAUCAGCACCGAUAUGCAGCUGACGGUGAAGGUACCGUGCCGGGCGACCCCGGACGAGGUGCUGAAACGCAUCCUCAAGAAGCAGAACCCGUCGAAGGCGCGCAAUGAGAACAGCAGCACGGAGUACAUAUUGAAGGUGUGCGGGCGGGAAGAGUACAUCUAUGGGGCGCACCCGAUGAUCAGCUUCCAGUACGUGCAGGACUGUCUGUCGCGGGACGAGACGCCCACGUUUGUGCCGCGGCUCGUCCGCACGGUGGAGGUGUUCAAGAACGACAUCUACGACGCGCGCGAAGACUUUACGCAGUGGUCGGCGUCGGCCAAGCCGACCUCGCUGUACGGCGGCAGCAUCAGCAGCAGCAGCGGGUACGGCAGUAGCGCGGGCAGUACCUACGGCACCCAGUCGCAGCAGUCACACACGCUGCGAAAGGUGAAGUACAUCACCAGCUGGGAGAUCGACGCGAAGCUGCAGUGCACGGUGCACGAGAUACGCGGGCUGAACGUCGAGUCGGACAAGGAGCUGGGCGUGCAGCUUGGGCUGUUUCACGGCGGCAAGUCGCUGUGCAAAACGGAGCGCACGCGCACGGUCACGGUGAACAGUGGCGCCGCGACCUGGAACGAGACGAUCCUGUUCGACAUCAACGUAAGCAACGUGCCGCGCAUGGCGCGCCUGUGCCUGGUGGUGUACGAGAACAUGCGCACGGCCAAGGGGACGGGCAUACGGACGCGCCGCACCAAGGACGGGCUGAUCAAUCCGAUCGCGUGGGUCAACACGAUGGUGUACGACUACAAGAACCAGCUGAAGGUGGACUCGGUGACGCUGUACACGUGGGACUACGCGGAGGAUGCGCAGUCGGAGGACAUUCUGCACCCGCUCGGCACGGUCGAGCCGAACCCGAACCGGGACAACAUGGUCGUGUCGGUGCUGCUGAGCUUCGGCACGUACGGUCCGGAGGGGCGCAUCAUCGUCUACCCGGGCGAGGAGGAGCUGCUGUCGCACGCGGCCAAGAUGAGCCACCGCAACGAGCAUCUGAAUCGCGAGAGCGCCGAGGACACGCGCUCGAUCCGGGCGAUCAUGUCGGCGUACAUGUACAACGACCGGCUGAACGACAUCCACGAGCAGGACCGUAACGCGAUCUGGGCGAAGCGGCGCGAGUGCAUGAAGCAGAUGCCGCAGGGGCUGCCCUGCCUGCUCUACUGCGUCGAGUGGAACAACCGGGACGAGGUGUCCGAGAUCGUGUCGCUGCUGCAGGAGUGGCCCAAGCUGCUGGUCGAGCGGGCCCUCGAGCUGCUCGACUACGCGUACGCGGACAAGUACGUGCGCCGGUACGCCGUCGACUGUCUGCGCACGAUCGAGGACGACGAGCUGCUGCUGUACCUGCUCCAGCUGGUGCAGGCGCUCAAGCACGAGUCGUACCUGAACUGCGAUCUGGUGUACUUUCUGCUGCAGCGCGCCCUGCACAACCAGCACAUCGGCCACUAUCUGUUCUGGCAUCUGCGGUCCGAGAUUUCGGUGCCGUCGGUGCAGGUCCGGUUCGGGCUGAUACUGGAGGCGUACCUGCUCGGCAGCCCGGAGCAUGUGGCGGUGCUGCUGAAGCAGAUGCAGUGCCUGCGCUACCUGCAAACCUGCUCGGACAACGUGAAGAAGGGCAGCAAGGAGAAGGGACGCACACUGCUGAUCGAGCAGCUCGCCAAGGAGGGCCACGUGACCAGCGACCUGAUCAGCCCGCUCAACCCGAGCUACCGGUGCAAGGCGGUCCGGACCGACCGGUGCAAGGUGAUGGACUCGAAGAUGCGCCCGCUCUGGAUCGUGUACGAGAACAGCGACGCGAACGGCGACGACAUACACAUGAUCUUCAAGAACGGGGACGACCUGCGGCAGGACAUGCUGACGCUGCAGAUGCUGCGCAUCAUGGACCGGAUCUGGAAGAGCCACGGGUACGACUUCCGGAUGAACCCGUACAGCUGCAUCAGCACCGACCACAAGCUCGGCCUGAUCGAGGUGGUGCUGAACGCCGAAACGAUCGCGAACAUCCAGAAGGAGCGGGGCAUGUUUUCGGCCACCUCGCCGUUCAAGAAGGGUUCGCUGCUGGCGUGGCUGCGCGAGCACAACGGCACCGAGGACCUGCUGGCGAAGGCGAUCCAGGAGUUUACGCUCAGCUGCGCCGGCUACUGCGUGGCGACGUACGUGCUAGGGGUGGCGGACCGCCACUCCGACAACAUCAUGGUGAAGAAGACGGGCCAGCUGUUUCACAUCGACUUCGGGCACAUACUGGGUCACUUCAAGGAGAAGUUCGGCUUCCGGCGGGAGCGCGUGCCGUUCGUGCUGACGCACGAUUUCGUGUACGUGAUCAACAACGGCCGGACGGAUCGGGAGGCGCAGGAGUUCUGCCGCUUCCAGACGCUCUGCGAAGAGGCGUUCCUUAUUCUACGCCAGCACGGCUGUCUGAUACUGUCGCUGUUCUCGAUGAUGAUCUCAACCGGCCUCCCGGAGCUGUCGUCCGAAAAGGAUUUGAACUAUCUGCGGGAAACGCUGGUGCUGGACAAAACGGAGGAAGAGGCGCGCACCCACUUCAAGCUCAAGUUCAGUGAAGCGCUUGCCAACUCGUGGAAAACGUCGCUCAACUGGGCAUCGCAUAACUUCUCCAAAAAUAAUCGACAGUGACACCAGUAUCAUCUCGGGCGGAACCAUCAGACGAUGUAGCUCUGAUGGCAGUGAGCAGCGAGGUGCGAAAGUGAGCCGCGGAAAGUGAUGCAGCAGACAAGGGAGGAAUAGGGAGUGCGAAUGUUAUUUGUAUUUUGGCGGAGAGGUUCUGAGACCGUAAACUUGAGCGAGUUAAUUCACAGAAAAGGCAGAGAAAAGGCUUCGUGUAUGUGACACACAUGGCUAUACAUGUUGUAGCUAUAUACAUUAGGUAAUAUUUGAAACGAAUUGAAGCACGGUAAUGUGUGCUGUUAGGAAGAAUAUGUUGAGGAAGGGAGCGUGUGCAAGUUGGAAUCGGUCAACAACCGAUUGAGUUACUAUUACUACACUUAGUUACGUAUCUUUUUUUCAUUUAUUGUUUUUGUAACCACUUCUCAGUACAACUAUAACUGAACAUGUUGACGCACGCCGCUUACAGGGUUUGCCAGGGGUUAUCAUAGCUGUGGGACACUUUGUAAACUCUUUCUUACGAGAAAUGAACUUAAUAUAAUGGAAUGGAAUCUGACUCUAUAGCACCCUUGUUGGACAAAUUCAAUAGGAAUUGCCAAGGAGCCUGUCCAAAUAGGGUGCCAUAGAGACUAAUUUCCAGCUUAUGAAGUUAACUUGAAAUUAGAGAGUGUCAAAGAAGUGUCCCACAACUAUGAGAACCCCUGGAAAACCCUGUAUACGCAAACGUACGGGGGAUGGGGACAGUAUUAAGAAACCACACGAUGGCGAACAAAUGGCCAGGAACUUCCACACCUGAAAUAUUAGUCGAAAUGCAAUUGAGAGAAACAGCUGAAUAGGAUUCCAUUGCUAAUACAAUGCAAAACAUGAUUCACCUGUACCUUUAGCAGAUUUUCCAAACCGCUUGCGUUUCUUGUGACAACUUCGCUUACCGGAGAGGGGCACGCGCAAAGGCUGUAAAUAGAGAUAGGGCAUACAAGUGGGAAGCAAUUUUGCAUCAUUUUCCAUUGACAUUACAGCUGCGGCUGAACAGGUGCUUGAGAGUAGGAAGGCUAUUCGUUGACCUUCUCUCGAGGCGCGUUAUUUGUCUGUACAUAUUCCAAAGUCAUUAGAGCGAUUCUAUUGCUCAUCGUUUCAUGCCCAUAGCUACUCUGUGUGUUCUAGCUGAUUUAUAUAAAAUUCCUUCGUUCAAGUUCACUCUAUCUCUGUAUUGAACAAAAAAAAAACCCUUAAAGUGUGUCCCUUAUGCGACAGUAAUCGAGGAUCGAAGGUAGCAGGAAACAAGUGCACCCAGUCGUGGCACACGCCUUCAGAGUAGCUGUGUCGAUCACAAAACCUUGUGUCCCGUUUGUGUGUGAGUGUAUGCGUGUUUUUUUGUUUUGUUUUUUAGCUUACAUGUUUUAGAAGAUUAAUGUGAAUUCUGUUCAAACUGUUCGUGCAAUAGUGCAGCUGUCUGAGCUUUACACUAAAGCAGUUAGCAUAUUUGUGUGUGUUUGUUUUUUUGCUUUCUUUAAGUUUUAGCUCAAGUGCCCCCACCCUGCUAAACAGCAUUAUGUAUGUCAUAAAACACACUCACAACACUCCGUUUUAUGCAGCAGACUAGACCCCCACCCCCUUCCUCCCCCGGCGUUAAGUAAACACAAAACAUGAUUUUUUUUUCUUCAAAAAAUGCGAACGCUCUAACACGGGCGUGUGUAAUUAGUGCAUUAAAAAUGUACUGGAGCGCUUACACUCCACCUAUUUAUAUAGCAUCACACAAUCCAUUCUACGAGCACAACCAUACGUAAUGUAUAUCAGUAGUACAGAAAAGAAAGGGAGAGAUAGAGAGAGAGAGGGAGGAAGAGAAGCUCCUAUUUUAUUGAAUCACAUUUCCAUCUGCACCAAAACGAAGUGAGUGCACCGUAACGCGCGGGGUGCAUUUUGGUGUGCUUUCGGGCGCCACUCAUUGCAGCCCACCCACACUACCCCAGCAGCCUCCAUAACAUAAAAAAAAAAACAUACCUGGUAUUCCGAUCUACAAAAAGCUCUUUUGCUUUCAUUAUGUGCAACCAUAUAUAGGGCGGUGUACGCCAAGGUUAGCGUAGGUAGCUUCGAUGUAAGCCACUUCGGUUACACGAUUUUAAAUGAGUUAGUGUUUAGAUGAUAUUUUAGAUUGUUUUUUUUUGCUUCACAGUGUCACAUUCGCUAGUCUGUAACAGAUUCUCUAGCUUCAUGAGUGAAUUGAUAUGCGGUAUACAUGUUCACGUUUUUUUUUUACAGAAAGCCUGACAUUUUUCAAAUAAGUUAGAUAUUUAUCUGCUGGCUGAUAUUUCAUUACAUUUAACCGUUCGCAGUCAUCAUCUCAUGAAAAGGGCGAAUCCAAAAACGGUGUGCGGACUAUCGAAUGUGCACUGUAUACGAUAUACUCGCUCAAGCAGACAUACGUAAUGAUAGGAAAAUGAGGGAAUGGAGCAAUGCAUCGCUACCAAUAGAGAGAAAGAGAGAGAGAGAAUGUUUCCGGAUUUUGUUAAACCGAACUAAAGUGCGCUUUAGUGAAUUGUAUAGUUUAUUUACACAGACAACAGACAGCCUGUGGCAAGCUAGUGGGAGAGACACACUGAUAAUUGUACAUAGCAACCAGUUCAGUGAAGAGGUGAUAACAUCUGCAGGCGAAGAAAAUGAGGCGACGAAUGAAUGAGCUUUAUUGAGCACUAUUCUCUAUACAUAUUGUCUUAAUUUAAAAAAAAAAAACAAACAUGCGAUUAGGUUAACCAACAGUACCUUUAAAGUUCACUUAUGGCGCCACUCUGGUCCUUUGGAAGCUUUUAGGACAUGCUGUAGAUUGAAACUUGCCUUAAAAUUGUCCAAAUCUGUCGUAAUUGUUGAUAACUCCUUUGAGGACUCCUUGAAUGUAUUUAUCAGCCCGUUGCCCAGGAAUUGUUAUUUAAAUUUCUCAUGUGUUUUGUGAUAUGUACUGGGUGUAAUUAUUUUGAAGCUUUUUUAUCUGUAACCUAUUGAUCAUUUCUGUGGCCCUUUGUAAUGUUUCGGUCUUUCGUUCGAUGUUCUUACUCAAGCUCAACCAUUUUCAGCCCCACGUUUCUUGCCUUGCCACAGAUGGCUGAUGAAACCCACUGCGAACCGCCAGCAUUAAGCGAUUUAGAUCAGCUAGAUUCACGGAAAGCGUGGUUUUCGUGCUUGUAAAAAAUUCAAAAAUCUAUGUUUUCUCUAUUAAGUUUUGUUUGUUGGAAUUUUACGCAAGCACGAAAGACGCGCAAAGUUUGAACACUUUGGAAAUGCCACUCACUUAAUACAAAUUCUCAUAGGUUCAGAAAACUGUAGCUUAACUUACAGAUGCGGCGGGGUCUAUCCGAUCGAUGCAUCGGUUCUUAUAAGGCUGGAUCGACUCGAUGCCAAACCGAAUCGUCUCCACUUAGUAAGAACUUCACCUAUCAGGCUGCGUGACACAAAAACAGAGUAUGGAUUCAUAUAAUGGAAUCGUUCAAUCGCUCAGGGGAAUGUUGCAAACCGGUAGUGUAAUUUUGCACGAUUGCAAGCACACUAUGGAGUCCGCAUUAGACUGGAGUAGCCUUUAUGGUUGCAUAAUUCUACUAUUGAUUUGCAACAAUCCCCUAAGCGACUGAACUUUUCGAUUACUUGAUUCAAAACACCUUGCAAGUGGCAUCGUGAUCUAGAAGUCGCUGCAAAUUUAAAAGAAGAAACGUAACACAACUUGACCAAACCGCGGACGCGCAUCUGAAAUCGCAACAAAAUCUAGGAUAAAGUGCGUUGCACGAUGAAUGUAUAAAAACUGUGCAAAAUUAACGUUGACAAGAGAAAAAUCAUUAAAUGGCAAAGCAGAGGCAAAGAGACCAUUCAACAUGUUGCACAUCACACAGCCGCAACAAGUGAUGUGUGAACAUUUAUAUCAAUAGAUCGAACAAUAGGUAGCGAUAGGUUCUGGAUGUAACGUGUGCAUUAAGACGCAGAGAAAGAGCGGGGAAGGGCGGGCUAUAUUGUACCACAUAAUUUUAUUAAACAUGUAAUAUUUGUAGGCACCCAAUGAAAUGUACUAGCGUGUAAGAUGUAUCCUAUAAUGACUAAUCAUUAAAAAAAAAUCCUCCAUGGUACAGCUUUUCGAUCUGCUGUGCGAGUUUUAGUACGACGUUGAGAUAAAACUGUUAAACUGGAAGGCGAGGAGCAGCGAUUUGAUUCACAUCAUAUAGCAAACUUAAUCGACUUUCACCUCCCGGUACAGUAGAAGAAGUGGAAGAAAAAAUUACACUGGAAGAAGGUUAAACGAAUGAAUCAAAUGGUGACGCUACAGGGAUUAAAGCAAGAAAUCACAUAAAAGAGAUCAACAAACACUGUUGCUAAGAUAGACUGCUGAGGCUGAGCGGAGGAUGUGAUAGGCAAGGGUCAGUGAAGAAAAUUAUAGCAGGGAGGGAGAAGAGCCGGUUGAAAACGACCCCCUCCCCCAACGACGUGAAACGUAGUAACGAUACUGCUUAAAUCGUGCGAGUGUGUGUGUGUGUGUUUGUGAAAGUGAGUGUGUUUUAUGUCUAUUAACAAAAUUGCUCCAAAAUAUCAAACACACCGUCGCGCGAGGCUAGUAGCAGAUACAGAUGCGCACGUAUCUAGCAUAUGUCAUACCACAAUCAAUCAGAAAAGAACAGACAUUUCACAUUCAAACCACACAAACACAUAAAGUACAGGCGUAUAAGAACAGGUAGGAAACUGUUAUGCGAACCAGCUUGAGGCGAAGAAUUACACGCACCACAGGCAUUAGUAAUAGACGGAGGAGAGUGAAUGAUAAAACACAUUGAGAUUGAGAAUGAUCCUAGCAAGUUGGAGCGUUGGUUUACAAUGGAAGGUGUGCAAAGGAUUGUUUCUGUGUGUACGUGUGUGUGUGUGUGUGUGUUUAUGUGAUGUGUACGUGUGCCUGCGAUGGGCACGCGGACAAGGAUAGAAACAGUUUAUGAAGAAGGGAAAUAAAAUCACUGUACUUUUCACAAAACAUA